AUGCACAUGUUUUGCCCUCGUUUCACUGCCGCUAGCGACUGCGGGAACAGGGUGCAUAAGGGUGGCGGCAUUAUUGUGCGUAGACUAGCGCGUGCAGCCGCCAACGGCAAGACACAUGCCGGUGGGCUGCGGCGGCUAGUGGGUUUCACGCCCGUCGUGAGGGAUUUUGUGCUGGGAGCGCCGUCCUUUUUGACGGCGGCACGAGACUUUGGACACCUGGUGCGUGAGGUGGACCCUCACGGGUUCAAGGGAGACAUCCACGCGCUCCGGCACAAAGACGCGGUAAGCACGCAACGGCACGUGGCGGAUGCCUUAGCCUCCAAGGAGGAGAACAUUAUUUUUUCUGGUGCUUAUCGUACCGGUAAGUUGACAAUUCUCAAAGCCAUUGGAGAGGCGUGUGAAAAGGAGAAGAAGAAGGUGGCGUACGUGUCUGCGGAUGCACGACGUGCGAGUCGCCUGAAUGGAAUGAUGCUGUACCAUUUCCUUGGGCUGCGCUAUCUUGGACGCAACGAGCUUCCGUCGCAGGAUCAACUGGAGGGCACGCUGGAGCGUCAUGCCCGCCUGUGCGAGUCCACAUAUGGUGCCUGCGUCCCUUCUCUGGCGACGGCGGACGUGGUCAUUCUCGACGCGGUGGAUCAAAUUCCCCCCACCAUUAUUGUCUCCAUGGACCGCGUCUGCCGAAAUCUGCGUGGGUGUUCGGCGAAGGCGUUUGGCGGGCUUCGCAUAUUUGCGGCGGCCGACUUUUGGCGUAUGCCUGUGCAUCCCGGCAGUGACACGGGUGGCUACAUUUACCAGCUGGACAACUGGGACGAGCUCUUCCCGCGGCAGCGGCUGUUGGAGAAAAUUCACGGACAGUCGCGGAAACUCACGGCGCUGGUUAACAAGGCGUACUUUGGACUCCUCGCUCCAAAAGACAUCGAGGAGCUGGAGGCCCAUUCAGCGGCGAACAGGUCGGCUGUGCGAGACGGAAACGAGGGCAGCGAGGUGGAGGCUGGGGACGCUGAGGAGAAUGAGGAUGAAAAUGGGGCCGCGGACGCCCCUUCCAUUUGGGGCGCCGGGCGUCAUGGGAAUAAUACGCAUAAUAACAAGAACAGUAAUAAUAGUCACAGCAACCACGGCAGUCGUCGUCUCUUGGGCCAUGGUGUGGCGCUGCCACCGCAGAAAUUAAUUUCCAACGUGGAGGCCAUCAUAAAGUUUACAUCUCGCUUUCCAAAGCAGCCGGCCAUUCGCGUACCACCACCUCGUUUUCGAACACUGAAGCGUACAGAAAUUGGGAACUACGUUGUGAACAUGCUGUUGCAGUCCUCCCUGCCCCUGGCGUUUUCGCUCGUGGACUUGCUGAACCUUGACGUGGGAUCCAGUGUGCAUCUCUUGCUGGACGCUCCUGCGUCCUUUGGCGUGCCCGCCGGCACCGUCGGUGAGGUGCUGCAGGUGAAGGAACACGUGCUGGUCGUACACUUUCCCUCCGUGCACCGCACCGUUGAUGUUCCUCGCAUGCGUGUCAGCGUGUACCACUCUUUCUACCCGGAGGUGCGCUACGAGAUUCAGCAGUUCCCAUUGUUUCCCCGCCAAAGUAUCUCCCCACUGAACAUGCUAACUUAUCAGCAUGCAUACCAUGUCAACAUUAACUGCCACCACCUCGCGGACACCAAUGACCUUGGAAACAUGCUUGCUCGCAUGCGCAGUUUUGACGACUUUACCAUCGAGCGGACACAAGACUUUGCGCGUUUGGAUGGAAUGAUCCACGAACCGACGCGCAUCUAUUAUCAACGCAUAGCCAACCGUCCACUUUCUACCGCGUCGGAGCAGUGGUGUCGCAACUGCAAGUCCUACGUGCCGACGAAUGAGUUCUACCACCACUGGGAUCGCUGCAUCCAACAGGUGCGGUGGUGCAGCGAGUGCAACACGCGCAUCCCGCUUGAGCGGCUUGGGCCGCACCAGGAGAAGCAUCAGAUUGUGCUUUGCUUAGACUGCGGCAGAGCCGUUGAAUGGCGGAGGUGGGAAGGACAUCGGCUGACGUGUUCUGCGAUGAUGCGGGAGGUGUCGCCGGAAAACGAGUUUCUACCGCUUCGCACUCGUCAGCUUGCGUUAGAAAUGGGACUCGACAAACGCGACCUGCACACCAUGCGGGCCUUCAGCCGCAGUCUGCUUCCCAAGUCACGGAAGCACUGCGAUGGGGGCAACGCAUGA